AUGCCUCCCGCAGCGCAGAGUCCGGCGGGCGCCUUUCUCUUCAUCCUCUUCCUCAUAUGGGUCUUCUUCCCAGAAGGCGACUCCCGAAACCAGUCUCUUGCCGUGUCUGACUUGGCCGUCGAUCGGCUUGCCCGGUACCGAGACGCCCUCGACGUGCUCAACACGACCGCGUGGGCGGACUUUGCGCCUCAGAACAAGACGACCGAGGGUGGACAUGUCGUGGAAGCAAAACAUUUGAACCUCACGGGCUUCAGGGAAUCAGACGGCUUCGCAUGGGACGACCUGGAAACUUUCAAGCAAAAGGGCCUGAAGCUGAGCAGACAUGCCGUCCCGCCCGUCGACGGAAACCAGCGGUGGGAUGUGGCGCAGGGAGGGGCGAUGUGGACAGAUGCCUCGGGAACCGUCCACGGAGACUGGGUUCGCAAGCCGGGCUCUGUGUCUCGCGGCUUCGACAGCUACAACUUGUCCAGGAGCGUGCCCGAGGUGGAGUGGACGGGGCACAAGGUCGAGUGGGCGCGGAACGUGACGGGCAACGCGGGCAGAAUGAUGCUUCGUCUGAGCGGCAACAAGACGCUCACCCGCUACGAGCAGCUGCCACGGGACAUGGCGCCGCUGUCGGGCGGCAUCAUCCGCAGCGUGAGAGGCACAGCUACCAUCGAGGACACCGCCGGCUCCGGCCUGAACUGGGAGAUGAAGCUCUGGGGCGUCCACUGGCCACGCCAGGGCGUCAUCCUCAUGACGACGACGAGCGAGAAGUUUGAAGGCAUCUUUGCCCUGCCGCACCUGUCGCCCGGCCCAGACUUCUUCCAGUCGAGCCAGAUGCUGCUGAACAAGACGCUGGCCCGCGUCAUCCGCCGCAAAGAGGAGCACGUCCACGUCGACCAGCGGAUGCCGUGGAGUUCGGACGUCGAAAACCCCCUGUACACGGCGUACCCGUCGCCACACUGCGAAUACAUCAUGUACGCGCAGGUCCACCCGCCCGUGCCUCCCAAGUCGACUCAAGGCCGAGACGCCGUCCCGGGGGCUACCGAGGACACCAUCAACGCCAUAGAGUCGGAGCUCCAGCAUCCCGUCGGCGCGCCCAUCCCGCGGAUACCCGAGCUCAGGGUGUCCGCCGUCGUGUACUCCCCGGACUGCUCGUUCUUCCUCGAAACCAAGGGGCCGCCGGAUUAUCCGCCCAGCGAAGCCGACCACCUCGUGGGCCUGAAGAGGGAGGUGCAGACGCACCAGAUCAAGACGUGGCUGCUGCUCUACGCCCUCGUCGUCUUCGGCCAAGUCCGCCUUCUCCGAGACCAGAUGAAGGAGUCCUUCACGCCGUCCACCAUGGGCAGGAUCAGCUUCGGCACCAUCGGCGCCAUGCUCAUCGUCGACGGGAUGACCUUCACCGCCGCAGCCACGUGGGUGUCCUCUGCGGCGGCCACCUUCCUGCCCACGCUGGCGCUCAUGUUUGUCUCGUUUCUCAGCAUGACCAUUGGCGGCAGCUUCCUGGCAAAGAUAUACGAAGUCCAACUGCCCGAGAGCAGAGGCCGCCGCGACCAGUCCUCCUCCUCCCCAUCCACCACGACGGCGCAGGGCCCAACGCCAGGUCUGCUCCCGGGCCCCGUGACGGCCGCCUCCGGCCGCGUCGAGACACCCGUCAUCGUCCCCUCGGACCAAGACAUCUCCGCCGAAAUCGCCUCGGCCGCCUCAGCCGUGCCCGUCAGCCGCGGCGGCAGCCCCUCGGCCCCGCAAACGCCAACCUUCCAAGCCAUCAUCGGCAGAUUCAUCCUCUUCUCCCUCUGCGUCUCCUUUCUCGCCAUCUCCUCGUCGACGUGGUACCCCCGCCCGCGGUCCGUGUUCCUCAACACCUGCGCAUUCGCCUACCUGUCCAUGUGGACGCCCCAAAUCUACCGCAACACCCUGCGCAACUGCCGGCGCGCCCUCGCGUGGCGCUUCGUCCUCGGCCAGUCCGCCCUGCGCCUCCUCCCCAUCGCCUACUUCUGGCUCAAGCACGACAACUUCCUCUACGCAACGACCGACGCGCCCGCCUUCGUCGCCCUCGCCGGCUGGGUCUGGGUCCAGGUCGUCGUCCUGGCCGCGCAGCAGGUCGUCGGUCCGCGCUUCGGCGUCCCCCUCUCCUGGGCCCCCGACGCCUGGGACUACCACCCCGUCCUGCGCGAGGACGGCCUCGAGGGCGGCGGCCUGCCCGUCGGCUUGGUCGCCCCCGAUGAGCGCGGCAGUCUGGACAGGCACGCCCCCGCGGCGCACGACAAGUCCUCCCGCGUCGUCAGGCACGUCGACUGCGCCAUCUGCAGGGAGGUGCUCGAGUUGCCCGUCGUCAAGGCUGGCGAGGACGAGUCCAGCGUCUCGGCCGUCUUCGCGCGCAGGAUGUACAUGGUCACUCCGUGCAGACACGUCUUCCACAUGGCCUGUCUGGAGAGCUGGCUGCGGUUCAGGCUGCAGUGUCCUAUCUGUAGGGAGGAGUUGCCGCCCACUUGA